AUGUGCGGUGUAUGCAAAUAUCACGGUGUCUUUCUGACGACGAUUUUUUCCCCAAGCGUGGCGUUUCUAUCUGGGAGGGCACAUGCGCUUAUUGUAAGCUAUCCUUAUUAUUACGCUUUGUCGGCCACCUUACAAGCAUCCCUUGGGCCAUCAGCUCGUACCUUCAUAGACGCGUUUAGCGGGUACCCUUUCAUUCACAGAACAACCACUCGCCGCACCACACAUGUCCUAAAGCAUCCCGGGUACUGGUGUUACCCAGGUGUAGAAAGUCGCUCCUUCACAGGGGCGUGGGCAGGCAGACAGUACUUGAUGAUUGUUGGGGGCCUUCUCGAAGGUCUCAGGCAUCGUCUUACCGGACGUGGCACCGCUGACAACGGUGAAGCGGCGGUUGGCUGUUUCUGUUUUUGA